AUGGCUUCAUCAGACGAAGGGUACGCUGACCCCUUUGCUGGCAUACAUGAGCCAUUUGCUGGCUUGACUGAAAUGGAUUUUGAACUCCACGGCAUUUACAUGGACCACGAACCAGAGGAAGAAUUGUCCUCACUUGAUAAAUGUAAGGAUAUCUUCCUAAAUGUUCUAUUAAGUGAUGAAAACCUACGAAAUUCUAGUAUGGCAGAUGAAAUCAGAGCACAAGUAUACCAUGCUACUGAUUGGCAGAGUGAUGAAGAUGAACAGGAGGUAUUGAAAAACAACUAUAGAAUUCAUGACCCAACCAUCAAGUGGGACAAGAUGGUACCAAAGCUUGGUGACAUCUUUGAAUCCCCUGCCCAACUGAAGUUUUGUGUCACCAAUUAUGCAGUCUCACAUGGCUAUAGAAUAUACUAUGAAAAAUGUGAUAGUAAAAGAAUUGUAGCUAGAUGUGGAAAUAGGAAGGAAGAGAAUAAAUACCCUUUCAGAAUUUAUGCUGCAUGGAUGUACAAAGAAAGAUCUUUUCAGAUCAAAGCUAUGAAUGGUGACCAUAAAUGUUCUAGGCAGUUUAAGUUUGGAUCCAUUGUGUCCCCUGAAUGGAUUGGAAGACAUUAUGUGACUGAAAUUGCAAAUAAGCCAAAGAUGAAACUUCAGGAAAUGAUUGACGACAUCAGACAAAGGUAUAGGUGUGUGGUAUCUAUAGGACAAGUUAGAAGGGCAAGGAAAUGGGCCAAAAAUUUAAUAGAAGGUAAACUCAUUGAGCAUUAUGCAAGGAUAUGGGAUUAUGCCCAUGAAUUGUUAAGGUCAAACCCGGGGUCCACAUGUCAAGUUGGUGUAACAACCAAUCCAGAUGGAAAGAAUUAUUUUCACAGGUUUUACAUUUGUUUCAAAGCACUAAGUGUUAGCUGGAAAAGAGGAUGUAGGAGAGUAAUUGGGCUAGAUGGGUGCUUUCUAAAGGGGCAGGUGAAGGGUGAACUGCUAACAACCAUUGGUAGAGAUGCCAACAACCAGGUUUAUCCAAUUGCUUGGGCUGUUGUUGAUGUGGAAAAUAAGUCCAACUGGACUUGGUUCCUUGAGCUACUCAGUGGUGAUCUAGACCUUAUUGAUGGAAGGGGGUUGAUAGUUAUAUUAGAUCAACAUAAAGGUUUGUCGCAAUCUGUUAAAGAUGUAUUGCCACAUGUGGAGCACAGGCAAUGUGUCCGACACAUAUAUGCAAAAUUUAGAAAAGCUUACACUGGGUUGGAGUUCAAGAAGCCGUUUUGGGCUGCAGCUAUGAGCUGUGUGGAAGGUGAUUUCAAGAGACAUAUGGACAAAAUUAAAAAGCUCAAUACUGGUGCAUAUGAGCAUCUGAUGUCUAAAGAACCCGAAACAUGGUGUAGAGCUUACAUGAGUACAGGGUAUGCAUGUGAGGCAGUGGAGAAUGGUAUAUCAGAGUGCUUCAACUCCAUUAUUGUGGAUGCUAGGAAAAAACCAUUGAUCACAAUGCUUGAAGAAAUAAGGAUAUACAUCAUGGAUAGGUUUGCUCACAUGAUUGAGGAAAGCACUAGAUUGAAUACUCGUAUAUGUCCAGCAGUGUUAAAGAAGAUGAAGCUUUUUGGGAAGAACAUGAGGUUUUGGUUAAUAAUUCAUAGUCAACAACAUGUGUUUGAAGCAAGGAGAGGAUGUGAUAGCUACAUGGUGGAUUUAGAUGGAAGGCAUUGUACCUGCAGGUUAUGGGAUCUGGCUGGGAUCCCAUGUGUUCAUGCAAUUACAACCAUCAACUACAUCCAUCAAACACCUAAUGAGUAUAUUGAUGAAAUGUUUUCCAAGGAACAAUUCCUUAAGUGUUACUCUGCUAACAUUAGUCCAGUGAAUGGUUCAAAUCUAUGGCCUCAAACUGAAUACAUAAAGCCCUUUCCACCAGUGUCAAGGAGAAUACCUGGUAGCCCAAAGGUCAAUAGAAGGAGACAUGUAAGUGAAAAUGAUGGAAGAGUACACACCCCAAGAACUAUAAGGUGUGGUAAGUGCUUUGAGUAUGGCCAUAACCAGAAGGGAUGCAAGCAUGCAACCAGGGAACCUAUCCCUAUGCCACCAAAGAAGAAAGGAAGGCCAAGGAAGGAACAAGAUGAACCCAAUCAAGCAUCAUGUGAUAGGUCUGAGAGGCAGGAACCUGUCCCUAUGCCACCAAAGAAGAAAGGAAGGCCUAGGAAGGAGAGGCAGGAAGCAGUUCCUAUGCCACCAAACAUGGUGUAG